AUGGAGGCUGUGGAGGAGGUCGAAUUGGAGGAAGGAACAACUCCACAAGUCAUGGCGAUAGUGGUGGUAAUUUUCAAGGUGGCGGAAGACAAAUCCACAUUGUCAACAAUUUUCAACGAGGUGGGGGUGCUUGAGUUUUUGGCUGAUGACCUUCAUCUGGAGGAUGGUUUUGGUAUAUCAUUGAUGUCGGAUCAAUAUAAGGGGUUGUUAAAGGCUGUCAAAGAAGUGCUUCCUAUUGCUGAACAUAAGGAGUGUGCAUGGCAUAUUGUUGCCAACUUUAGGAAAAGAUUCAGUGGUGUACACUAUCAGACCAUGUUUUGGAAGGCAAGCAAAGCAUCCACUAAGCCUUUAUUCAAUGCUUCCAUGAAGGAGAUUCAAGUUCUUAACCCUGUAGUAUAUGAUUACAUUAUGGAAACAAACCCCAAAUCAUGGAGUAGAGCAUUCUUUCAAGAAGGAAAGAUGUGUGAUGCCGUGGAGAAUGGAUUAUCUGAGAGCUUUAACAGUGUCAUCAGGGAUGCAAGGAAAAAGCCAAUCAUCACCAUGUUAGAGGAGAUUAGAUUAUAUGUUAUGGAGAGGCUAUACAAUUUGAAGAUGACAGAAUCAUAUGUUGUAGACCUGGACAAGAAGACUUGUACUUGUAGAGUAUGGAAACUUAAUGGGUAUGGAUGUGUGCAUUCAGAAGCUACUAUAUCAUAUUUGAAUAGAGAUGUAGCCAAUUAUGUUGAUCCAAUAUUGUAUGAUGCCUUCUACAAGAACACUUACAAAUACCAAAUACGUGGGAUGAAUGGUAGCAACAUGUGGCAACCUACUAAGUUUAUACCACUCUUAUCACCAUUGAAGAGAAGAAUUCCAGGUAGACCAAAGGUAAACAAAAGAAUAGAUGUAUUAGAAAAGCUAUAA